AUGGAGAAGAACGAGAAAAGGAACUUUUUAAGUUGCCUUGAACUUAUUUCUCGUCACAACGAAACAGUAAAGAAUCAUCUUGAAACAGUUGCUCGUCAUCAAAAUAAAGGAACCAGAAUGCAAGCUCAUUAUCUCUCCUGGCAAUCACAAAAUGAAUUCAUCAGUGAAUGCGCUACAUUAGUUCAAGCAGCCUUUAUGAAAGAAGUAAAAGAUGCCGUAUAUUUUACGAUAAUUACCGAUGGGACCCCAAAUGUAUCUCACACCGAACAAAUCACGUUUAUUCUUCGAUUUGUGCGAUUCAACUCGGGUAAGAUGAUUUGGGAAGUUAAAGAACGAUUUCUCUGCGUUGAAGAUAUGGAGAAAAAGAAAGGUGCAGAUAUUGCUUAUUUAAUUUGCAACGUUUUAGCGAAAGUGAAUCUCGAUUUACAAAAAUUGAGAGGCCAAGGAUACGACAAUUGUUCUAAUAUGGCUGGAAUCUAUAAUGGAGCCCAAGCUCAUAUACUGGAAAAAAAUCCGUUCGCCUUAUACAUUCCUUGCGGUGCUUAA